AUGGCUUUUGCUAAUAGCAUACUUCAUAACAGAGGAGAGAGAGAGGAGGACGGGAAUGACCAUAUCGGUUCCGAAGGGCCCUCCGGCUUCAGCACGCCCCAGCCCGAUCUCUCCGACAAGCGGUUGCCAGGAAUAAUGCACAACAGCUAUUUUGGACAGGUUGGUUCUGGUUCUUCUACACGCCCAAAUUCCGGUGCGAGUUCUGCUCCCCUGCAAACCCCUGCUGUUGGAACCGAGGCUGAAAAUCCUGCUCCUUUCCAUCGUCGGGACGACAUGGUUGAAGAUGAUGGUCUGUUGCCAGUCGCACCAGACUCCCAGAUUCAGACUGCUGCCAGCACACAAAAUCAUGAGGAUGAAGAGGCUUCGCCACUCCUGCCACAUGAGCGGAUGGAGCUUCCUCAAGCGCCUACACAACACCACCCUGGCUUGCACCCUUAUCCGACCCCACCUGUUUCUCAAACACCUUCUUUGUACAGAUUGAAGUUGAGCGAUGCGAGCUCCGAGGAUAGUGAGCAGAGCACAGGGAAGGCGUCUUCCUCCUCCUCUUCUGCUUCUUCUGCCCCUUCUGCGUCUUCUGCACACAGGAAGAGCGUAUCGGGAGCAGUUCCGCCAACUGCUCGGAGAUCGUCUUAUGUGCGCAGACCUUCACUGAAUCCUCUGUCGAGCAUCGUAACCGCUUCCAAUGUUCACGCUGCCCAUUUCUCGAACCCCAGCGAUCGUCACCCUGCACCUGCCUCAACACCAAGCACUCCUGUACUGUCCCGCUUAAGCACUGAUUUUCUGCAUGAUUCACCAUCGUAUGAACUGCUCAAGAGGCUAACAGAUGAUGCUUCGUGUGAAAAGAGUAAUCCUCCAACCCCAACUCGCGCCCUGUCAACUCACACAGCUAAAUCCGAUGCGAGUGGCGCGUCGGACUCGCCUCACGAGAAGAACGAUAAGGCUGCCGGCGAGAUCACCCCUGCGCCGACACCACCGGCCGCGGCGGCUGUAGCUCCUGGGAAAGCUCCAAAGGGAAAGCUCACGGUCAAGAUUUCAGAGGCACGUGGCUUGCGGAAGAGCAGAGACCCCUAUGUUGUAGCAGUCUUUCAGCGUAACGAGCUCGUCUCAAGUGGCCCACGAGACGAGGACGAGGAUGACAAUGAGGGCUCGACAUCGAGCCCAGCAACAUCAGGUGGCAUUCCCAUCAUGCGCUCUACCAGCGACUCGGGCCGGCCAAUGGCGAUUCCAAUGAAGGGCCGGCAGAGCAGCAACCAGAGCGACUCCAAGAGUAGAGGUCGGCCGCCAACAACCCACCCGAAAUGGGAUACCGAGGCUGUCUUUGAUGUGGUUGGCUCAGAUUCCCGUGUCAACAUUACAAUCUAUGACAGAUCAGGUGCCACCGAGGAGUUCCUAGGUCAUGUUGAUCUUGAGGCUAGGUUGAUAGAGAACGAUGAAUCACCCGUGAAGGGCUGGUUUCCCCUUCGCGGGAGGAACGACAUUGGCAUUGCCCAUCCCGGAGAAGUCCAUGUUGAGAUGACUUACCAACGAACCGACAAGAGACACUGCGGUCCCGAAGAUUUCACUGUUUUGAAGCUCAUUGGAAAAGGCACAUUUGGACAAGUAUACCAGGUUCGGAAGAAGGAUACGAAGCGAAUCUACGCGAUGAAGGUGCUUCAAAAGAAGGUGAUUGUCCAGAAGAAAGAAGUAGCGCAUACCGUCGGAGAGCGGAAUAUCUUAGUCAGAACCGCCAUGGCAGACUCUCCUUUCAUCGUCGGACUCAAGUUUUCCUUCCAGACCCCAACUGAUCUGUAUCUCGUCACUGAUUAUAUGUCUGGUGGCGAGUUGUUCUGGCAUCUGCAGAAAGAGGGACGCUUCGAUGAGAAGCGCGCAAAAUUCUACAUUGCGGAAUUGAUCUUGGCUCUCCAGCACCUUCACAUGCACGACAUCGUGUAUCGUGACCUGAAGCCAGAGAAUAUCCUACUGGACGCAAAUGGCCAUAUCGCCCUUUGCGAUUUCGGUUUGUCGAAGGCUAAUCUGACCAAGAAUGACACAACCAACACGUUCUGUGGUACGACCGAGUAUCUGGCACCCGAAGUCCUACUGGAUGAAGCCGGAUACACGAAGAUGGUUGAUUUCUGGUCUCUGGGUGUUCUUGUGUUCGAGAUGUGCUGCGGUUGGAGUCCGUUCUACGCCGAAGACACUCAACAAAUGUACAAGAACAUUGCCUUCGGGAAGGUUAGGUUCCCUAGGGAUACUCUUACUACCGAAGGGCGAAACUUUGUCAAGGGUCUUCUCAACCGGAAUCCAAAGCACAGACUGGGUGCUCAAGAUGAUGCAGAGGAACUGAAGCGACAUCCAUUCUUUGCUGAUAUCGACUGGGAAGCUCUCUCCAAGAAGCUGAUCACCCCUCCCUUCAAGCCGAAGUUGUUAUCCGAGACGGAUACACAGAACUUCGACCCCGAGUUCACGAACGCGCUCAACGGCCCCUCUUCUCUCAAUGCUCGUGCUGCGGCCUUGGCAGCCGGUAUGGCCACGUCAACCCCCCUGUCCCCCGGCAUGCAAGCCAACUUCAAAGGCUUCACGUUCGUUGAUGAGAGUUCGAUUGAUGACCACAUGCAACCCCGUUUUGAGAACGGCUAUGAUGAUAUGGACGAGGACGAGAAGCGGGACCAGGACUGGGAUGAUUCCUAUGAUGCGUCACAAAAGCAGCGCUCGGAUCGGAUGAGUGGCAUUGUAAAGACCAACACGAACGAAGAUGGCACCAUAUUCAACGCUUCCCAAUUCGAGAUGUGA